GUGAAACUGAAAGCGAAAGAAUUUCCAACAUUUAUCCAAAACAACCAAGAUGAAAGCUUAUCCAUGGAUUAUUCCUUGCUGCUUAUUGGCGACGGUUUUGAUUGCUGCGUCAUUACUACAGCAAUCUGGUAAGCCUUGGAGCUUAAAUUUGCGGAGAUUUUAACUUCUAACAAUAUUGCUUUUGAUGAGGAGGGGAAGGUAUCAUUCUUUUGUUGAAAGGAAAACCUUGAUUUAAUAUUAUAUUUUUUGGGUUUUGGUGUUAUUUUUAGAGGCCUUGACUUUCCCUAGAAGGCCUGAUGAACCAACAAUCGUGGUCGAAGGAGUGAACAGCACAAAUGCGGAUCUCAUAUGGGAAAUUCUUCCUGACAGUGGCGAGGUUGUUCAAAACCUUUUCUUGAUAAGACAGAGGCCGGGCGAUGUCAAUCAAGUACAAAUUGCAUGGAGGAAAUACAGUAGUUCCUUCACUCUAGCUGAGGGCUUCGCCAACGAGUACAGAGCGAACCUCCCAGCAACGUUGAGGUUAUUGAAUGUAGACAACACCGAGGAAUAUGUUUACACCCUGCAAGUUAGCUACGACCUAAAUAACGUUCCACGUCGGAUGGCAGACAGUGUGACAGUUAUCGUCCGCGGUAAGUCUAACAAUUUUGCUUUAUACCCUCGACGUGCUUCGAAGUGACAGGACAUUCUUCAGUUUAUCCCCCAGAUUUUAAUCGCGAUUCCAUUCAGUGUUUGUUCUUCUACUGUGUCCCCGAACGAAACUCUGAAGUAAAAAACAAAAGUUGUUUACCGCUGUCUUUUCUAUGAAAUCGGUAGAGUGGGAAAACGAUUCUUCGUGUUGUUGAUUGAUUUUGAGGCCUCUUGCGAGUCUUCCGCCAUUUUAGAAGAGUCACUAAAGAUAGUAAUCUUCAUGCUAGCCCUCUUAUGUUAAUGUCUUGCAAAUUCCAUCGUAAAUAUAAACUGAGCGUAGGAUGUGUCAAUAUCAUGCUUGCCUAAAAGUUAUAUGGAAGAAGGUAGAUCAAAAUAAGUGAUAGUUUUUACUUUCUUUUACUUCAUAAAUGUGCAGUUUUCUGGGAGGAUGAGUCGUGAAAGGAUUUCUAUAAAUCUGCCGAAUACGCGCUAAUGAUUAAUCGAAACUGCCGCGUCACGAUUACCUUUGCUACAAAUUUGAAUGUCAAAGGAAAUAGCGGUCGCAUGCGAAAGUGAUAUCUAUUUCGGUGAACUUUUGCUGAUAAGUGUCUUAAGCUGUUUAUAUCGUUUAAGCAGUAUUGAUUUUAAAGGUAUUUCACUGUAGAAUUUGGCAUUGUAUUUUUAGUGAAAAUAAUUAGCGGGAAAAUUAACCCAACAAUGGCCGCCCUAUUUCUUUUAACAUUUUGACUGUUGGCUAACGCUUUACCUGUAAUAGAGCAUUCAGAUAUAUCUUUCACAAGCUUAAUUUUUUGAAACUGAAAACGAAGACGUUGACUUAUUGGCACUAAAAAGAAAGGCACAUUCUCGCUCAAAAAUAUAUAUACAGUCGACUCCCGAUAACUCGAACGUUUAAGGGAAAUCGAAAAAACUUCGACUUAUCGGGAGUUUGACGGAAGCAAAUAAACGGAAGUGAGGAAAUAAGCAAAUGUAUGGGAAGGGAAUGCAAUUAAGCAACAAAGUAUACAAGGAUGGACACUGAAUUUGAACCGGAGUGACAAAAAAUUAAAGACAAAGAAUUGACUCGGUUGUAUUCAAUGUUUCGGACACACGGUUUUUUUUCCCGACUUGCCACUCGCUAAUAAACAUGGUUCGAGUUAUCGAGGGUAAAAUUGUAUAGAAAUGUUCUGAACGGAAACAAAAAUUACUUCGAGUCAGCGGGAGGUUCGAGUUAUCGAGGGUUCGAGUAAACGAGGGUAAAAUUACAGUAAAUUUGAGACGGAAAUCAAGGGGAGAUCGACUUUGGUUCGAGUUAGCGCGAGGUUUGAGUUAGCGAGGGUUCGAGUUAUCGGGAGUCAACUGUAUAUAAUUACGUAUACUUUUUCCGCUUUCGUUCUGCUUCUUUUCAUUGCGUCGAAGUGCCAGAACCUAUUACCCUACUUAAAUCUUUUCCAACUGCUUAUGUUACUGUCUGGGAGAUCAACACCUGCGCAAAAGGAUCAUCUAAUGCUCCCAACCCAUAACCCUUUAGAUAAAAGCAAAUAACUAGACGAGAAUAAUUGUGGGAAAAAGGGGUAAGGAAUGAUAUACUCCAAAUAUUGACAGCGGGUCACUUAGGGAUGGACCAUUAGAAAACUUAUGGGUCGAAGUACAAAAAAAAAAAUGCGUGCAAGGGAAAAUUAAAUGAAACAAAAUUAUUGCACGCCAAAAAUAUUCAUGCUAUGGCCUAAAAAAAUUCAUACAAGGAAUUUGGUAACGAAAAAAAAUUCGUGCGGCUCGAAAAUUCCCCUCCCCCCACACAACCUUUCUAAUGGUCCGUCCCUUAUCUCUACAUAUUGGUGUAACAAUUCGAAAUCUACAAGGGGAGAGGUGAUAAUCCUCUCUAGGGGGUGAUAAUCUCUAGGGAAGUGAGAGGUGAUAAUCCUCUCUAGGGGUUGAUAAUCCCCCAGGAUUGUGAGAAGUGAUAAUCCUCUCUUGUAUUGGGGGUGAUAAUCCCCCUUGGGUAUUGAAGAGGUGGAAAGACCUCUCUAGAUGUCUAGUUCCCCGGUUUAAGGAGUAACAAGAGUCUAUGGUGCAAACGGUGACCUGUAUAGGAGCACUUCAUCCCAAACCCAUGUUUAUUAAAUUGCCAACAACUCAAUACAGACAUGACCAGUGAUUUAAGUUAUUGUUGCGUGCUUGCUGCCCGUCAGGAAAAACCCUCAUUUAUCUUUGAGGGAAACCUGAACCCUCCCGAAAGUAGAGCCAGACACUUAACAUGAACCUCGAGGGACAGAGGUUAGAUAAAAAAAAUAUUAAUACAAGUUGUAAAUAAAUGACAACUAAACUUUUAUCAACUUUUUCAUCAAAAUAUAAGGCCCAAAGUAACUAAGUGCACAGGCAUGUUGCGAUGCCGGGUAAGAAAGAUUCCCCUCAGUGGAAACCAAGAGAGGAUAAAGGGGACAGAGAAGGCAUCACCCAUACACACCCUAUUCCAUCGGUAAUUCGUCUCGAGUUAUUUUUAGAAUCGGGAUAAAGGUACCUCGCGCGUGGAUGUUUCGUGGAGGUUUCGCAUGACUAAACGCCGUGCAAAACAUCUCGGGCGAAAGGCAAAGAAAGCGUAAAGAGAUCGAGCGCAUUCCUGAAUAUUGAAGCGAAAUGAGUCGGCGCUCACCUGGGAAAAGGGAAUCGCUGGACUCUUUGACAACUCACGAAAUCAGUUUAGCUCGACGUUGUCGUAACCUCAGUGCUUUAAUAAAAUGAGAAAUCUCGCCGGUCUAUUGAAACCGGUCGUUUGUACAAUAAAGCAAGUAGGACGCCAAGUGUUAUUUUUGUUGAAUAAUGAAAGACUAAUAAAGGAAUAAAUAUCAAACCAGAAAUUACUCUCUUGAAACUGUAAAUUAUAAAUGAUCCCGAGAGAACAUUCAGUGCGUUAAGGAUUUCCCUGCUGUACUGUUAGCUCUCUAAGAGAGGAAGAGCGAUUCUUUUUUAAUUUCCGUUUCGCUGACGCAGCUUUAGCAGAAAUCUCUCUGUAGUCGUUUUCGUCAACAAGACGAAUAGCAAGCAAUAUCGCUCUCCGCGUCUUCCUCCAUUUUGUUCUGCGUCAAUUCGUGAAGGGCGCAUGGCUCUGAGCGUGGGUCAUCCACGCGCAACACAUUCGCGCUAUGUGAUUGGCUGUUGUCUAAUCCCCCUUGAGAUUUGUGGUGUUAAAAAUAACUCGAGACGAAUUACCUAUCGAAUAGGGUGUGUAUGGGGGAUGCCUUCUCUGUCCCCUUUAUCCUCUCUUGGUGGAAACCUCACCCUUUUUUGCCAUAUCUUCCUAACAAUUGUCAAUGGAUUCACAGUGAAAACAAAAAUGAUCUGCUGUUCUUGUGACUGCAAUGAGUAUAAGAUUCUUCUUAAUUUUAGGCAAGAGAAAAGAAAUCAUAUAUAAAACCUUAAAAAACCAGCAAAGAGAACAACAAAGGAACAGAGCAAAUAAGAAAGGCUCAGAUUGUAAUUUGAUUACAAGUAACAACUAACAGUUACGCACUGAAAAAACUAGACACUGCCUUGAGUGAAAUCGUGCACUGAUCCAAAUGUGGGAAUCCUUUAAAAAUUACAUCAUUUCUUACCUUAAAGACACCCUCAAAACAAAUAUAUCACUCACUUUAUACCUCUAUCUUUAGCAUGAUAUUGAGUUGGGGAAAUACAAUGCGCACCCAAACAGGGGAACUGAAGUCCAAACAGAACAACAUAACUGCUUACAUUGCAUAUUUUUAGCCAUAACGGAGAACGAAGUGCACCCUACCAUAAACUUGAAGAGAUACUCGAUAUAGACAACAAGUAAAAACUUAAUAUCUCACGAAUCUCACACAAUGAAUCAUAAUCUCUGAAAUGUUUUAAAGGUACCUCAUAAAGGUGUCUGAUAUUAACUCAUAUGAUACCAGUUAUGCUAGAAAUCCAUGGAAAUAUUCUGUUAGAUGUGACUAAACAAUUGCAACUGAAAUUCAAUCCAUUAUUUGAAAAACCUCGAAGACCUAAAUAAAUCUUUACAGAUUUGAUUUGUGAUUUGUGGCGCCAAGUCCUUCUUCUUACGGUUAGUGAACUCAAAAGUAACUUUCUAUUACUCGAAGCGUCUAGUACAGUCACGUGUACAAUAUUGCAAACAACAACAACAAAAAAACAGGUGUCGUUGCAGGCACAAUUAUAUAAUAAAAAUAUUAAGUUAACUAUCGAUAAACAAGAAAAAUACCGCACCUGAAUCAUGGGAGAGCAACUCAGAUCCCAAAAGGACACACUGGCCUAAGAUGAUUUCCGGCAGAGGAACCUUGACUGUGAAGCGCAUGCCACGAGAGUCGAAACGCCCAAAGUGAGGGUAGAGCGAGAGGUUAUCAAAAGUUCAAGACGAGGAGAAAACAGCGACAUACAAGAUACAAGAGGGGGGUUAUUAUAGGCCAAUGUUCCAAGGACGGAGUUUUUGACCCAGACCGGUGCAGCAUCUCUUCGUGGAAGUUCUGUCCAGAAAACGCGAACGCGUAAACCCUGUAUGCAGUUGGACGAUCAAGUUAGCCCUCCCUAAACGGUGAUCUAGUCGAUACAGCUUAGCAAAAUUCUAAUUCUUGAAGAAAAAUCCGGGCUAGAAGUAACGAGCAUUUUGUUCCACGAAGAGAAGAAUAUGAAAUGCUUUUUUUCUGAGCUAGGCGCGAAAAUAUGGGCAUCAACUGUUCAUGUGAUAGCUGGCAUCUAAUUGGCUGAGCGAAACAUUAGUGUGACAGGGGUCACAUGCAGGAAGUAACUCCUUAAAGGAAGUGAGCUGGUUCGAUUACUGGUAAAGGCGGGUCUAUGGUUGUCACAUUCAUUUAUCCUGUUGUAUAAAUUAGCUUCGAUUCUUCCUCAACCACGCCUUUAUCAGGGGCUAAACUCGUGAUGUAAGUUUGAGGUGUGAGGGAUCAAAUACUUCAAUUCCCCUUGGAGCUUUGGAGGAGUAUUCUCCUGAAAGCAAAUGUUUAAUUAAACGCCUCUUUAUUCCUUCAGGAAUUGACUUAUCCUUAUUCGUCUAGAUUUAAUUCACCAAGAAAAUGGUCGAUACAGUCAGCCAUAGACGCCAUGGCUGAGUAUAAUAAGGGUACAAAUCUCUGAUAGUAAAUCCAGAACCUUCAGCAACUUUUUUAAACUAAGAGCAAGCCUUCUUUAGGUUUUAGAUCGUGAACGAUGGAGACGGAGAUUUUGUGUCUACAUGCAUCGAACAGUGGCCCAUCGCUGUCCAGGUCUAUGGAUUGUUCCUAGAUUAUCGAAGAAUUACGUCUUCGAAAAUCCUCAGUCAAAAGAAUCAAUAUCUAAUGAGCGCAGUUUUAGAGAGCUUUUAACGUUUUUCCUGAAUUGAGGUUUCUUCAAAGAUAAGUCACAAAGCACAGCAAGGAGUGGGAAAGAACUAUACAGCUAUUUCGAAAAAGGUUGUCGGAAAAAGUGCACGCAACAAUCCCGAAAUAAAGGUAUUGUGGGUGGUUUGGAGUUUUUUGUUCUUCAAAGACAUUUGAAAGAAUGGCACGAGAGACCAUGCACGUAUGUUUGCGAGUGCUAAAAGAAACCAACAAAGAAGGCUCGACAGCUACAGUGUCAGGAACAGUGUAUUGAGCAUAUCUCAUGCUACCUUUUGGGAUUGUCGCGUGCACAGCUUUUUCGACAACUUUUCUCGAAACCAAUUUCUUUUUAAAUCUUUUUGCGCUUUCAAUUGAAUUUGAACGUUAUAGUCUCUGUCGUGACUGCACCUUCAUAUCCUUUGUGAAACACAAACGAGAUACAGGAAUGUUUGGUUGGUAACUUUGAAGGUUUAACGUUUAUAUAUUAACCUAUUAAUAAGUAAGUUGCGUCCUCAACUCAUUUAACACUAAUACAUAAUACUAAUAAAUUUAACAAAACUGGGGACUUGUAUAACGUUUUAAAGCAUUUCACGGUAAGUCGGUUGUCGAUACUAAAAGAUUUAUCGGGAUACAUUACUGAAAACAUUCAAUUUGCUCUGUGAUUUAGACAAACGACUCGUCUGAUAAAAUCGUAAAUAAAAUAACAAAAGCACGCCAGCUCCCUCAUUGCAUUCUCCUUUUCCCUAGUAUGCAUCUCUAUGCCAUGCAACUCAUUAUCCCAAAACCGGUUUUUUUCUCUGUAUGCCCAACUACCUUGCUGGACAAGGCCGUCAUUUGGAAUAAUUUGUUGAAACAAUUCCCAGCUCAUUACACCUCAGGGCUGCUGCAAAUAUGAAUAAUCUGGUUUAGUAUAAACUAAAACAGUGGAUAUUUUUUUUCGCGCGCUCUGAUUGGCUACUCAAUCAGUGAAUAUCCUGCACUAUUCACUGAUUCACCUCCAGUUCCUCCUAGCGAGCGACACCAAACUCGCGUAAGUUUCGAGCAAAAUGCCUUCUUGAUUUGCUGCCGUAACAAACAAAGGUCCACCACUAGCCACCUCCACUUCGGUGAAUAAUUGUUAUCCAGUUGUCUCCGAGAUACUUCUCCAAUCAUAGUCUUCUCCUGUGUUUGUUGCUAAUAAUUUAGGUCAUAAGACUUGAAUACAGCAUGUCCAACAAAGCAAUUAUAAUCGGUGACACAUCACUCCAUGAUAUCUGAUAUGGGGCUAUGUAUGAAGUAACUAUAUUUUUUCAGUUUUCUAAAUCAGGGACUUGUAUAAAUGUUACCAUCUACAUGUUGAACUGGGCCCAGUUGUUUAAAAGGUGGAUAACACUAUCCAGUGGAUAAAUCUAUAUCCAGCAGAUAGUACAAUCGUUUUUCCUAAUACUAUCCGCUGGAUACGUGAUUUAUCCGUUGGAUAGCCUUAUCCAACGUUUGAACAACCGCGGCCUGGUAAUUUUAAUGUUAUAUUAUAUUUCAGUGCCUCCAAGAAUGACUGUCCUCCCUGCAAGGCAGUCAAGGAUUACUCUUGGAACAAACUUUACAUUGACAUGCAAUGCAUCUGGUGACCCCACCCCCAAUAUCACUUGGACGAAAGAAGGUUUAACAGCAGCACAGUUUAAUGUCUCUGGUCAUAAGCUAUUUCUUGUUAAUGUAAAAAGAGAGGAUGUAGGGUCAUACAAGUGUACUGCUGAUAAUGGGUAUGGCACUCCUGCUACAAGCCUCGCAGUUGUUGACGUAAAAUGUGAGUAUGGAAUUAAGAAUAACACAGUGUUCUUUGGUUUAUUGGUAUCCCAAGAAGCUUAAACUGAUCCCAUAUAUGCUAAACAGCGAAAUAAGGGCGCUUCUUUUAAAUAGCAAACAAAACAAAAAUGAUAAUUUCGUAGCGAAAAUACUAAUAAUUAGCAAGUCUUGCUUUUUUGUUUGACCGCAGACACAACAUCACAUUUUCCAACAAAUUUGACUGUGAAGGUGGAAGUAAGUAAAUACUCCAUGACCAAUGACCGAAAAAAAAUUUAGAAUAUGGGUAAUAGAAGAAAAAGUUAAUCAAGAAACUGACAAGUAGUGUUGUCGGCACUAAACGUACAGCUUACUCACUUCCUUGACAGAAUUCCAUCGAAGGUGGUGUGAAAUAAUGGAGUUUCACAAACUGCAUCUUGAUGAGUACGCCUCCCUGAGUUCCUAUCAAUGCCAGCACGUUAGUGCAGGAAUUGAAAAGAGAUACAUUUAAUUAUUUGAACACGGCGGAUCCAAAAUGGUACAUGAUUCAGUUAGUUCGUACAAAGAAUUUUGUAUUAUCUGUCCUUACGAGAAAUUUGGUAAAUCAUGUUACCGUACGUCUGCCUAUCCGUCCACACUAAUGAGAAAACAAUGUGAAAUGUCAAUUAACUUUUUAACCUGUGAGGGAGCCUGUAACCUACCUUUAACCCUAGAAAUCGCGUCGCGUCUAGCCUGCGUUCCAGGCGCCAGUUAAAGUUUAUUUCUUAGGGCGAAGGGAGAAAUCUCUAGGUUGCGCGGCCUUAAAAAAAUAAUAACCCGCGCCUGAUGUCGAGCGAUACAAUUUUCCCCCAAACAUAUGUCAAGUGCUCGCUUACCGGAAGUUGAAAGCAAUCAAAAUUCUAAAACUGUCAGCCAAAAUGUAGUUGUCGCGGUCGCUUACGCGAGGUGAUCCUUAUAGCUAGCUUUUAGCUUAUAACCUAUAGUAUUUAAACAUAUAUAUAUAUAUAUAUAUUUAGUAUAUACACACUCAGUGAUCUUGGUGAUUUUAAGCAAUCUGAUUGGUUCGCUAUCUCGGACUAUUCAACAAUAUUCACCUGUUUUUCCCAUUUUCCUAGAGAAAGAUCUUUUAAAAGUCGCCAAAAUCCUAGGGCUGACUUUUUUUUAAGGCAAGAAAAGACUUGGAAGGAUUCAAUACGGCGUUUUUCAAUUUACUGCUGUUGAGUUUUGUGGUCGAUGGAUUGUUUACAACUCCCCUUUAUUCGCCUAGAAGAAGCCGUUUCGUGAACUCAGCGUUUCCUAACAAGAAAAAUUUGGCCCAAAAACGAAGUGUAUUUAUGAAAAACAAAUUUGAAUGCAAAUGUUUGCAGAAAUUCUACGUUUCAAGUAAACACGAGAAAGACUGAUGCUACAUGAAGAGACAUCUUACCUCGAGGAACCGAAUCGCCAUUUUUGUCAGCGCUUCAUGCGAAGAACGACACAACAAACCUUUUCGGCUAUAAACUUUGCGAGGCAACAGAAAACAACAAAGCUCUUGUUUUCUUCUCAGGCAAGGAAAGAAUUAAACCUUUUAGCGGUUCCAUUUAAGUCAUUACGCUGUUGUUUGCGAAGUGAUAAGCUUGUGAAUUGCCAUUUUUGAAAAUUCUACAAAGAUCUAUUUUUAAACUGCCGCGUGUCUAGCUGACCGGAUCUGUCAAUCAAAUCGUACUUUUUAAUGAUUUCCUCUCUGAUUUUGUUGAGAUCACUUCGUGUGUAUAAACUAAACUUAUUCUUUUCAAUCUCCUUGAAUAGGGGUUUUAGAAAUAUUUAGCUCGCCACUUCGUGGCUCGGUAAAUAUUUAGCCACUAUUCACCUCGAUUUCAAAGAAUAAUUGUUAAAUAUAUAAUAUUUUUAUCUAGUAUCUAUUUAUUAGCUUUUUAGAAAAGCUGAAAUCUUUUUGUCCAUUUCACUGUAAUAUCAUAAGCAUUGUGAUGUAAAGCGCAUUAGAUCAUAUACCAAUGUAUUUUGCGCUAUAUAAAUAGAAAAGUCAUUAUUAUUAUUAUUAUUAUUAUUAUUAUUAUUAUUAUUAUCCUUUACGAGGGGUUCCAGUAUAAGGCUUUGACUGAGACCAUUUUCCGUGAUUUGGGAAGGUGGUCGCGUACGAAAGCUGGUCGCGCGUGGAGGUUUGACUGUAUACACUUGUAGAUUUCUUUGCAAUGGUUUAAAGUCCAUCGCUUGUAGCCUGCGUCCCUGCGAUGCAGGCGUAAUUUCACCCCAGUUAGUUAAGUCUGAAAAGCAGCGCCAAGAUCCUUGUUCUGGCCUCCCAACGAACUCAACGAAUUACCGGAAAAGUGUUUCGAAUUUCUUUUCAUCCUGACUGGUUAAUCGACAAUGGCAUUUUUAAAAUGCCAAUCAUUUCGCGUACUCAAAUCCCGGUUCACAGGUGAGGCCCCAGAACAAUAAUUUGGAGCUGUUUCGCAGAUGGACUUAAAGAGAGCUUAGUUUUGUCUGUAUUUCAGGGUAAUUGUCUCAUGGGAAUUUAAAAUGUAUAAAUUGGAGCCUCUCUUUUAGCGCUAGCUAAAUCUAUAUACUGAUAAAUGACGUCAUCAUGACAUCACUGCUUUUCUUCAUAAUGUGUAAGGCAACGUCUUGCCUCACUUGUGUUAUUGUUUAGGUAUUUUGAGCUUUGAGGGAAAUAUUUAAUGGAAUUUGGAUUCUGCCAAUCAAUUUAAUAAUAUGACGUCAUGAUGACGUGAAAUCACGUCAUUGUGUAAAUCAAGUUAUGCCGAGUUGUUGGAAUUACGUUUUUUUCCAAGUCGCUUGUGGUUUUUUACACUAACUGCAUGCUAUGCUUUCACAAGAAUUAGGGUUGUCACACGCUCAUUGACUUAGACAAGGUUUGGUAAAAACACAGCCUCCAGUUAGUGUUUUUUACCAUAUAUUUUUAACUUGUUGAAUGCGGAUCCUUUUUUGACUUACUGACUGAAGGUCCACCUCAUGAGUGUAUAAUCACAACAGUUGGAAUUACUAUAAACGACAACCAAUGGCCAUGGAAGGAUGCUUAUUCCAAUAUGAACACAAUUGAGUUCAAGAUGCUGGAAUCUAACUUGACAUCAGCCGUAAGUUUGCUAAAAGUACACCUACCUUUUGAAUUAAAUAUCAGGGGAUGAGAAAAAAAAAGAUGUUACAACUUUGAUACUCUUUUGACGUUUCAUUAUAGCGAAGUUAAAUUAAUAUUCAGAACGCAGAAAACUUGACUUGUUUAACUAAAGUGAAAAAUAUAAAUGGAAAUUUAGACCACAUGCUUUAGCACCGAAUUUGAAUGAACUUUAACAUGUUAUAAUUGCACUAAAUUUGCCAUCAAUAAAAGUAAAGGAGGCAGCUUUUAUGAAGAAAACAAAUUUAAACUGUUUAAAUAAACAGCUUUUAAACAUGUUUAAGCUUUGGUGUGAAUGGAGCAUAGUACGUUUUUUUGCUAGUGUUCUUAUUAGAAGAAAUUACAAAGGUGUCUAUGCGUGGCUCAUGAAGAUGAUUAACAGAUAAAGAGUUCUAGUAUAUGAUUUGAAAUACGAUAAAAAUUUCAGGUAUAUAUACUCUAGUGUCCUAAUUUUUACCCAUUCUCAUUUGUUACAUUGACUUAACAUACUAUGGUGCUGAAGAGGGAAGUUAUUAUAUGAAGUUGCAAAAUUUUUAGGCAGCUUUAUGGUCUUUGUUUUUCUGCUGUAACCUGUUAGGUUUAAUCUGUGCUUUGUUUUCGUGCGCUCAAAACGUUUUGAUAGCUGGCUCAGAGCUACCUUAAAUUUUCGUUAAACUUACAUGACUCUGAAUCUCCUCUAUAAGUCAAACCAAGUCAAGCGUACCCCUCAAGAAUACAUUAAUGAAUUUAUUAUUCAAAAGUUGAAUCCGUUGCUAGUUGUAGAUUUCAGAUUGAUCUCUGCAUUCUUGCAUGUGUAAUGAGCCGUGAAUUCACACGCGAGGUAGUGAUGAAAUUUCUACCAGCUCCAUUUUCCUGAAAUUGAUGUAAAUAUCUUCUAAGAAGCUUAAUCCAUUCAAAGAUUUCCAAUCUGACCAAAUAAAAUAUUCACUGCUCAUUACGCAUGCAGAAAUGCCGUUUUGAAUUUGACACCAGUUACGGGAACGACUAACGGAUUCAUUUUUCAAAUAAGCAAUUCAUUAAUAGAAUCUUGGGGGGUACGCUUGACUUGGUUUGACUGUAAAAGUAAGCAGAAGAUUGAUGAUAAUAAUAAGAAAAAAAGAAAAAAAAAAAGAAAAAAUAGUGAUAUAGAGGUUUUUCGUCUAACAAUCCUGGUGUAAUUGAAAUUUAAAAAAGGUGAUUUUUGAGAAAAGGGGAAAACCGGAGUACCCAAAGAAAAACCUCUCAGAGAAAAACCAACAAAACAAACUUCACCCACAUAUGGCGUGGACGCUCAAAUAAUUUUUUUUUUAAUUUUUAUUUUUGUGGCCCAAAAUUUACUGGUACAUCCCAACGCACGCGCAUGCUGCAAUGUUACUUUGAUGUACAGUUAUAUUUUUAAGCCCAUGAAUUGAUUAUAUAUUUUUAAACGAUGCAUUCUGCGUAGCUUGACCUAAAUAAAAGUAAAAUGAGUCUAAAUGCAGAAACUGUUGCGUUAUGAGCCACCUCUGGCCAAAGAGCUGUUUUGAUGAACUACUGGAGAUUUUUUUUUAUUGUUUAAUUGGGAAUGGUAUUUUCCCAAAAGAAAGUGGGAUUUGGGAAAACACAAAACUGUUUCAAUUUUUUUGCCCGCACUUGAAGAAAAGUCUAAGAGGAUAUAGGAUAACAAAACGAAGGGACUUAAUAACCAAGAGUUUGUUCACAUUGUGGAAGUCAUUAAUAUGUGGAUGUUUUGCCCUGGCACUGGCGCAAAGUGACUUCAUCAAAAGGUAACUAUUUUUCCUUCUCGGUUUAAAAAUAUGUAGUUUUAAACUGUAAUCAUGGAUAGCGCUAUCUAAUAUUUGAACAACCAGUCUCAACAAUCACGAUCUUUUACACGAUCUAAGUGCAUUUAUUUACGUUAGAUUGCCAGCGUUUACACCUGGAAUCCCGAAAAACAGUUUUAUGGUCAGGAUGUUAUACUGUUAAGGUAA